AGAUUGCAUGACAAAUGAAUGGGAUGGGGGGCGAAAACUGAGCAGGCCAUGCUGGUCCUCGCAUCCUGCCCCUGAGUUAAAAAUGCGGAACUACUGGAAAAACCUUUGGCGAGUACUGGACUCCCUUACUGACCCACCUAAAAGAUCGGAGGACAAAGUUCUCCAGAGCGAUUACACAAGUCGUUUGAGCCUGGUGACCCAUUUAAGUCUGCAAAGCGAACGACGAGCUCCCCGAUUUGUGAUUCCAUCUACACGGCGCCAUGUGACUUUUUCGCCCAGCACUUUGGAACACGUGGAAAUCCGAAUGGCGGUACAGCAGGCGGAAACAUCGGCCUUCCAGAAUUUCGUGCGUGAAAUGUACGAUGGCUAUUACCAACUAUUACUCUCACAGGAGAGAGAGCUAACCGGCUUUCAGCCAGAACAACAGCUGGCCAAUCGAAGGCUGGGAAUGAAGGACCUCGGGAGACUCCAGAAAGUGGCCACUGACAUGUGGAAUCGAAUGGACAGGGACCGAAAACAACAAUACAAGGAUCUGGCUAUGAUGGCACUCCAUCGCCGAAGCCUACGUCUGCCCCCCGAUCCUCAUCGCAUACCCCCACACCUCAAAAGAUCUUCCAAAAAAGUGACGAAAUAUAGAUCAACUUGCUUAUAUCCCUGAAC